AUGUCUGUCCUCGAACAACUCAAGAAAUUCACCACCAUUGUUGCUGAUUCCGGUGAUUUUGAAUCCAUUGCCCAAUACAAGCCCCAAGAUGCUACCACCAACCCCUCUUUGAUCUUGGCUGCUGCUCAAAAGCCCCAAUAUGCCCAUCUCAUUGAUGAUGCUAUCAAGUAUGCUCAAUCCAAGAACAUCUCUUCUGAGGAGAAGCUUGAUUUGGCUACUGAUAAGCUUUUGGUCAACUUUGGUUCCGAGAUUUUGAAGAUCGUUCCUGGUCGUGUCUCCACCGAAGUCGAUGCUCGUCUCUCUUUCAACACUGAAGCUACCAUUGCUAAGGCUCUUGUUCUCAUCAAGUUGUACGAAGAGAACGGCAUCAACAAGGACCGUGUCUUAAUCAAGAUUGCUUCCACCUGGGAAGGUAUUCAAGCUGCUCAUGUCCUCGAGACCCAACAUGGUAUCCACUGUAACUUGACCUUGUUGUUCGGUUUCGCUCAAGCUGUUGCUUGUGCCGAGGCUGGCGUCACUCUCAUCUCUCCCUUCGUUGGCCGUAUCCUCGAUUGGUACAAGAAGAGCACUGGUGAAGACUACUCUGCCACCUCUGACCCUGGUGUCAAAUCUGUCAGCAAGAUCUACAACUACUACAAGAAGUUUGGUUACAACACCAUUGUUAUGGGCGCUUCUUUCCGUAACACAGGUGAGAUUGAGGAAUUGGCUGGUUGUGAUUUCUUGACCAUCUCUCCUGCUCUUUUGGGCUCCUUGCAAGAAGACAACAAGACUUUGGAACGUAAGUUGAGCCCUGAGGCUGCUCAAGCUGAAAAUCUCGAGAAGGUCACCUUCUUCAAGGAUGAGAAGGCCUUCCGUUGGGAAAUGAACCAAGAUGCCAUGGCUACCGAGAAGUUGUCUGAAGGUAUCCGCAACUUUGCCAAGGAUGGUCUCAAGCUCGAGAACAUGUUGAAGGAGAAGCUUGCUUUGUAA